AUGGUAGCAACGGACGCAGAAAAGGACCCCGUGGGCGCCAAGGCUCAACAUGCCCGGUCGAUUCCAUACUGGCGACAGGUGCUGGACCAGGGUGCCGUGACGCAGGAGAUCGCGCAGUUCGAUUAUCCCGGGUCGGGGACGGAGCAGGAUCCUUAUGUGGUUUCAUGGAUCCCUAGCGAUCCUAGGAAUCCGAUGCUGUUGCCGACCUGGAGGAAAGUCACGAUCACCCUCGUCGUGUCGAUGGCAACAUUUGCCGUGGCUAUCGCAUCGUCCUGCUACUCAGGGGCAAUCAAACAAGUUGUUGAAGAUCUCCAUGUCGACAACGAACUCGCCACGUUGGGCCUCUCGCUCUUCGUUCUCGGAUUCGCGCUAGGGCCGCUAUUCUGGGCCCCGUUGAGCGAAUUUGUCGGCCGGCAAUACCCCUUCGCGGUCUCGUUCGGCGCCAUGACGGCGCUCUUGGCGGGUUGUGCAGGAGCACCCAAUAUCGAGACCCUCUUGGUUCUGAGAUUCCUCGCCGGGGCGUCCGGCUCGGCGCCGCUGACGAAUGCUGGGGGCGUCAUAUCGGACAUGUUCAGGGCAGAGCACCGCGGUUUGGCGCUCAGUCUGUUCGCGGCGGCUCCGUGGCUCGGCCCGGUGCUGGGACCCUUCAUGGGUGGGUUCCUGGGGAUGAAUGCGGGGUGGCAGUGGGUGGAGGGGUUCCUGGCGGCCUUUUCGGCGUUGAUGUGGAUCAUCAUGGCCUGUUGUGUCCCUGAGACUUAUGCCCCCGUGCUGCUCCGCCGUCGGGCUGAGAGGUUGUCCAAGAUUACGGGGAAGGUGUAUCGAACGAAACUGGAUAUCGAGCACGGGGGCCGCAUGUCAGUGAAGCGGAUGUUUGGCCAAUCCCUGCUCCGACCAUGGAUUUUGUUGUUCCGAGAGCCGAUAGUACUCUUACUGUCAAUCUACAUAGCUAUCAUAUACGGCGCCCUAUUCAUGAUGUUCGCCGCCUUCCCCAUAGUCUACCAAGAAGGCCGCGGAUGGAACCAAGGCGUCGGCGGGCUGGCAUUCUUCGGCAUCAUGGUCGGCAUGAUCAUCGCAACUCUGUACUCCAUCCCGGACAACAAGCGGUACCAAAACACGCAAAAGCGGCACGGGGGGUUCGCACCACCCGAGGCCCGCCUACCGCCAGUGAUGCUCGCCGCGGUCACAAUCCCCAUCGGCCUGUUCUGGUUCGCAUGGACCAACUCGCCCUCCAUUCACUGGAUCGCCAGCGUCGCGGGCGGUGCCCCCUUCGGCUUCGGCGUCCUCUUGAUUUACCUGGGCAUCAUGAGCUACCUCAUCGAUUCGUAUACUCUCUACGCUGCUUCGGUCUUGGCUGCGAAUUCCGUCGCGCGGUCCUUCUUCGGCGCUGUGUUUCCGCUUUUCACGACUUAUAUGUACGACGAUCUCGGCAUCCACUGGGCCUCGUCCAUCCCGGCUUUCCUCACCGUCGGUUGUCUGCCGUUCCCGUUCAUAUUCUAUAUAUAUGGUGAACAGAUCCGGAAGCGUUGUAAGUAUGCGGCUGAAUCGGCGAUGUAUUCGCUGAAGUUGCAGCAGACUGCGUCUCGCUCGUGA